AUGUACGCUCAAUCAAUCGUCGCCGGGAUCCUCAGCAUUGCUGCCCUCAGCAGCGCCGCACCUCUCUCUGGUCGCAGUCAGUCUGGCAGCUACAAUUACAACAAUGGCACCUCAACUACCACAGCCCGCCCAAUGAGUACCGGCUCCUCCUACAGCGGUCCAUAUGACUACCCCAAUGGUACCUCAUAUAGCUCCCCACCCCAUCCCAUGUCUACUGGUUCUGGUUCCGGUUCGCCAUAUACUGCCCCAAGCAACAAUAACCAAGAUCAGCCCAUUGCCACCGUCUUUCCCGACUUCACUUCUCAGUACACCGUCUCCACUGGUGCCAUCGAUUUCCACACGAGCCGCGGCCUUGUCUCCCGCACUCAUAGUAACAACGGAAACGACAUCACCACGCUGGUCACGUUUGAACUUGACGCGAUCUACAAUGGCAACCAAUGUCAGCUGGUUUUCGAUCUGGGCAGCGAUCCGACGAGCUAUGUUAGCGGUGCUGGCAAAGCGCAGCUUUUCACAUCCCUCGCUCCCGCCACAGCGGAUAGCGAGAGUUGGCCCUCCGGCAAUUUGCGAAACCAAGCUCUCGGCACAAUCGACGUGAAUGCUUACGGGCGCGCCUCCUGGGAAGCCGGUUCCGGACCUGGCGCCACUGUCGAGGGCCGGUUCCCAUGCUCGUUGAUUGCGGGACAGAUCUACGGCGGAGAAAUUUCCGCCGUCGGGGAUGAGGAUACCAUCUCUUGGACUGCCGGACAGGGUGAUGGACCAAAGAUCCUCGUCUUUUAA